AUGCCUUCUGUACAACUGCUCGCUUGCCUUUUGAUCUGUAUAAUCCUGCCGUUUUUAAUCUUAAUCCAAGCAGCUACCAGAAUCUACUACAUUGGCGCUGUGGAAGAAUAUUGGGAUUAUGCACCUACGGGGAAGAAUCAGAUCACGGGACAAAAGCUCACAGAAGAUAAGGAGGCAAAUAACACUAUGAGAAGAGGACCUAACAGGAUUGGACGAGUUUACAAGAAGGCAAUUUUCAAGCAGUUCACCGAUGAUUCCUACUCUCACGAGAUUGCCAAACCAUCUUGGCUGGGUGUUCUUGGUCCGGUGCUGAAGGCUGAAGAAAAGGACACAUUUAUGAUUCAUUUUAAAAACUUUGCUUCCCGGCCAUAUUCUGUACAUCCGCACGGAAUCUUAUACAAGAAGGACUCAGAAGGAGCUCUUUAUCCUGAUGGAACAAGUGGAAAGAGUAAAGAAGAUGACUUUGUUCUCCCUGGGACCAACUACACAUACAUAUGGCCAGUUACUGAGGAUUUUGCACCUACUCCAGCUGAUCCACCAUGUCUGACCUGGAUUUACCAUUCACACAUUAACAGCCCAAAAGAUAUCAACAGUGGGUUAAUUGGACCUUUGCUGGUUUGUAAGAAAGGAUUUUUAGGCAACAUUUCAGCUUCAGCGGCAGACAACUUCAAAGGCUUUGCCCUGAUGUUCAGCAAUAUAGAUGAAAAUUUCAGCUGGUACCUGGAUGAGAAUAUAAACACUUUUUGCUUAGAUCCUAGUACGGUCGAUAAAGAGGAUGAAGAUUUUCAGCUCAGCAAUAUUAUGUUAUCAAUUAAUGGAUAUAUGUAUGGAAACCUUCCUGGAUUGGAAAUGUGUGCUGGUGAUUUGGUGUCCUGGUACUUGAUUGGAAUGGGGAGCGAGUUGGAUGUUCACUCUGUGCACUUCUUUGAUCAUGUCCUGAUUAACAGAGGAUAUAGGACAGAUGUCAUUAGCCUUUUUCCUGCCACCUUCAUCACGGCAACGAUGGUUGCGCAGAACAUUGGGAAAUGGCUUGUAAAUUGUGAAGUCAAUCGUCACAUGACAGAUGGAAUGUCAGGAUUAUAUAGCAUCAAGUCUUGUGGUCAAAACAUCACUCCUUCCUGGAGUGGUCAUAAAAGAAAAUAUUUUAUUGCCGCUGAAAGAAUUCUGUGGGAUUACGGACCAGGUGGUAUUAAUACAUUCACCGGGCAACCUUUAAAUGCCACUGACAGUGACUCAGCGCCUUACUUUAGACAAGGAGAUGAUCGAAUUGGAGGACGCUACUGGAAAGUCCACUAUGUGGCCUACACCGAUGGUAGCUUUAGCAGAAAAAUGAAGCGACCCGCAUCUGAGGCCCAUCUUGGCAUACUUGGCCCAGUUAUCAAAGCUGAAGUUGGUGAUAUCAUCUUGGUUACUUUUCUCAAUAGAGGAGACAAGAACCAUAGCAUGAUGCCCCACGGUGUAGCUUUUGAUAAGUCAUCGGAAGGAUUCCCUUAUGCUGAUG